CCUCCCGGCGGUGGCGGCGAUGCGAUGCAGACGCUGCGGGCGAGUGUGCGGCGCCUGGCGGAGGAGGCGCGGGAUCUGUAUUUGAACGAUACGGUGCCGUACUUGGAGAAGCCUCCCACGCCACUUGAAUUCCAGCGAAGCUGGUUGUGUCCCAACAAACCCUUCAUAGUGCGAAACGCCAUCAGUCACUGGCCAGCUAUCUCCAAGUGGACAUUCCCCUACCUCAGACAAGAGGUCGGAGAGCAGAGCGUGAGUGUGGCAGUGACCCCCAAUGGUUAUGCUGAUGCCGUGCACCAGGGACGGUUCAUGAUGCCUGAGGAACGGAAGAUGCGGUUCGGGGAGUUCCUGGACAUCGUCGAGAGGAAGCGGGCAGCGAGCGGCGUGUUCUACGUGCAGAAGCAAUGCUCCAAUCUAACGGAGGAAUUCCCUCAGCUCCUGAAGGACGUAGACGCACACAUCCCAUGGAUGACGGAGGCUCUAGGGAAGGACCCUGAUGCAGUAAAUUUCUGGCUGGGAGAAUCAGCUGCAGUCACCUCCUUGCAUAAAGAUCACUACGAGAACCUGUACUGUGUGAUUUCUGGAGAGAAGCACUUUAUCCUCCUUCCGCCCACUGACAGACCCUUUAUCCCAUAUGAACACUUUCAACCUGCAACGUACAAAGUUAAUGAAGACGGUUCCUACGAUGUAAUAGAUAUGCAGAAUGCAGAGAAGGUACCUUGGAUUCCUCUGGAUCCUCUGAACCCUGACCUCAGUCGUUUCCCUGAGUACUCCCUUGCAAGACCUACCCACUGCACAGUGAGAGCAGGCGAGAUGCUGUAUCUUCCCUCUUUGUGGUUCCACCAUGUUCGCCAGUCACACGGCUGCAUUGCAGUGAAUUUCUGGUACGACAUGGAGUAUGACAUCAAGUACAAUUAUUUCCAGUUCCUGGACUCGGUAACAAAAGUGAUGAAUGCAGUGUGAUAUACACAGGCUAAAGUGCACGAUGAAGCAGAUGGUCCAAGCUGAGUGGAGAGCCAGUGAGAUGGCAUGUGCUAAUGUGUCGAGUGGCAAAUUGAAGUGGAUCCAGGUCAUUUCUGAGGCAGAAGCUGAUUUGUGUCGUAAUCAACGUCCUGAAGAACUUAACGGUGGAUUUAAGUGCUGCUGGACCAUAGUCAUUAAGGCAGGUCACCGUUCUCUUCUUGGGUACUAGUACAAUAGGUACCCCUCUGAAGCAGGUGGGAACCUCAGACUGCAGAAGCAAGAUGUUGAAAAUGUCCUUGAAUACUUCAGGCUGUUAGUUUGCAUAGGUUUUUUAGCAUUCGGCCAGGUACACCGUCUGGGACUGGCGUUUAGCCGAAACAAUAUCCAACUGUAUCAAGCAACUUAUUUAUUUGAUGUAAUUUAGAGCUGUAGGGUUUUCUUUCUACCUCAUCAAUUUCAAUAAUAGAGCAUUGGCAAUGUGGAACAAUGGUGAACCAGUUUCAUUCUGUAAGAGGAGAACCAGUCUUCUGCAAUGACUUGGCCCUUCCUGUUUUUCAACAUGCAUCUAGUCUUGGUCACUGUUAUAAAAUCUGAAUAUUGUGUAAAGAGGCUGUCAUUUAUAAAGCAUUGUCAUUAUCA